CAACAGAUCCGAGCGCAUGCGCAACUCAUUGUUUUGACUGAAAAUGCCGUCGGUUUCGAAAACGGCGGCCAAUGCGUCUCCUCAAACCGAGAAACCUACCCACUAUACAUACUUGAAGGAGUUCAGGACAGAGCAGUGCCCGUUGUUCCUCCAGCACAAGUGUACGCAGCACAGACCCUUUACGUGCUUUCACUGGCAUUUUCUCAACCAGCGGAGAAGAAGACCCAUAAGAAGAAGAGACGGGACCUUUAACUACAGCCCGGACGUUUAUUGCACGAAAUACGACGAGACAACAGGCAUUUGUCCGGAUGGAGAUGACUGUCCUUAUUUACACCGGACAACGGGUGACACAGAGCGCAAGUACCAUCUACGCUAUUACAAGACUGGCACUUGUAUCCAUGAGACAGAUGCCCGAGGGCAUUGUGUGAAGAAUGGCCUCCACUGUGCUUUUGCUCACGGGCCACAUGAUCUCCGACCUCCAGUCUAUGAUAUCAGAGAGAUCCAAGCACAAGAGGCCCUCCAAAAUGGACAGUUGGGAUCUGGGGAAGGUAUUCCUGAUCUGCAACCUGGUGUACUAGCCAGCCAAGCCAUGAUUGAGAAAACUCUGACAGAGGACCCACGGUGGCAAGAUACCAACUUUGUUUUAGCCAACUAUAAAACAGACCAGUGUACUAAGCCUCCGAGACUUUGCAGACAGGGCUACGCAUGUCCCCACUACCACAACAGUAGAGACCGAAGACGAAAUCCACGAAAGUUCAAGUACAGGUCAACUCCUUGCCCUAAUGUGAAACACGGGGACGAAUGGGGCGAGCCAUCAAAGUGCGACAGUGGAGACAGUUGCCAGUAUUGUCACUCUCGCACCGAACAACAGUUUCACCCAGAGAUCUACAAAUCCACCAAAUGCAACGAUAUGCGGCAAACUGGAUACUGUCCCAGAGGACCGUUUUGUGCGUUUGCACACGUAGAAAGAAUUCCCUCUACAGAAGAGACCAUGAGCUCGUUGCUAACGGCGAUACAGUCAAGUUCACAGUCCCAGCUGAGCUCUCAACAGUAUUCAGAGUGUCCAGUCAGUGAGUGGAACAGUGGAGGCAACUCCACCACCAGUGCAACCAGUAGCAACGGCCAAGUAGGAAGUGUUUCAUGUUCUAAUAGCUCAACUGUAACGCCAAGCUCAGGAAGCGACAGUUUGUUAUCCCCAGUGGGAUCCAUCAGCAGGCCCAAAUCCUUAACUAAUAGUAGUUUAUGUUCAGAGUCCACCACAUCCAGUGUCUCAUCUCUGACGUCUAACUAUCCUAAAGCUCCGGGCUUUGAACGUGAGGAUCAGAUUAAGAACAAGGGACACAUGGAUCAAAAAUUGAUGGACCAAGAAAAACAGACACAAAAUACUGUAUUCUCUGCGGUGAACCCUUUGGCAUCAAGCUUUACCUCCAGUAUAACAUCAAGCUUGGCCUCUAGUAUUGGCUCAGAUAGUUCUUCACCCACCACCUUAUCAACAAUGAAUGCAAAAGCCACUCCUUUCUAUCCAGGGAGCAACACAGUGGAGUCUGUUAUAGGAUCCGCUCUGGACCUCAACUUCAGUGACAUUAAUGUUGCAUCUCUGGAGAAGGAGUUAGAGGAGCAAGACAACAAUGUAGGACUGGCAAGUCAAAGGGUGCUGGGCGGAUCCGCUCCAGUUAACAUUCCUGGCUCCCUGGCACGAUCGUCUUCUUUGAAUUCCUCAUCAUCGCUCUCCACCUCCCCGCUAAGCUCCCUCUCCCAGUCCCUGUCACAGUCUCUGCUGUCUGGGACGGUAUCACAGCAAAAUCAACCUUCAAACAUGUUAGCCAAGCAAGAGCACGGCCUCCUGGGAACACCCACCUCCUCUUCCCAGAACUCUUUGGGCUUGAACGGAGGAGCUAGCAACAUUUGGGACUUUGUAAGUGGCAGCUUUUCACCGAGUCCAUCUCCAGUUUUCAGCAGCCUAACCUCCGCAACCAGCAGUGCUGAUCUGGCCCGCCUUUUUAGAGAACUCGAUGAGGCCAAGAGGAAGAUUAAACAGUGGGAGGAGGCGUGGCAUCAGGUCAAACAAGCUUGUGAAGCUUGCCAGAAAGACGCCCAUGAAGCAAAGGAACAAGCAAAAACGGCAGAAGCAGAGCGGCAGUUGGCAGAACAGAAAUGGGAAGAAACAGAACGCAAGCUGAAAGAGCUCCAAGGGGACUUUGAUGUGCUUUGUCGCACCCCUGGAACACCUCUCCUACGUAGCUAUGGCGAGCUGGACCAGCUCCCCUUGUCAAAGCUUCACUCCAUCCAGAGUCAGCUGCGUAAUGACCUAGACCUUAUAGACGGGGUAAUAUAUCAGCUUCAGUCAAAGAAAUGUAUAGUUUGCCAAAAGCAUGAUCGUUGCAUUGUUCUGCAGCCUUGCCAACAUUAUGUACUAUGUGAGAACUGUGCACCUAGUAAAACAGAAUGUCCCUACUGUAGAACAAAAAUAUUGAAGUGGUGAUGUACAAUUACUCAAGGUACUAUUUAAAGAAUUAGCCCUUUGAAAAACUACUAAUAGAUAUAACAUUUUCUAAAUAGCAAUGUCUGUUUCAUACAGUGAUUGAAUUAAUUUAGAAUAAAAAUGAUGUUUGACUGAUGAAACACAUAGUAUUAUGAAUUAGGUUGUGUACAGGGGAUUCAAUCAUUUUUAGUUUUUGCUCAUUUUAUGUGUACAUUACCUCGGUCAACCGGAUAACUUUCUGUAUGAAAAGCCAUGCACUCAAAAUUAGAAUAUUGAAUUAUCUUGUGAUGCCCUUUUAACCCUCAUCCUGCUCUGAAUUUCUCAAAUCUUCAAUCAUGAUUCAGACAGUCAAAAUGACGUACAUGUCCAGAUGUGUCCAAAUAUCUAAAUUGUCUUUUUUACACCCAGUCACAAAACAUUUGGCUAAACACAAAAUGCAGUCGUGCUUCCCCCCCAAACAAAAUGCAAAUAUGCAUUGCCAACCUGACAUAUUUCUCUUAGACUAAAAUUGCAAACAGGACCAGUAAUCCCAGUGAAAAAAGCAGACAGAGACAGAAAGACAUCAUCUGUGAGUUUAAUGGAUUGAAAUUAGUGUGGAUAAAUGCGUCUGUGAUCUCCUGAGGUAUUAUCUUCUUUACUUAAUGCACUUAAAGUCGCCCCAGAGCAAAUUCAAAGACAUUUCAGAAAAUACUGUGGAGAUGCGUGUAAAGCCAAUGAAAGUUUUAGUAAAUCUGUUACAUCACAUAUUGUUAUAUUUAAAGAACUGUAACUUUAACAUUAUAUCUUAACUGAAAAUGGAUACAUGCUAGUUUUAAAAAAUCUUAAAAGUCAUAUAUCUGUCACUUACUGGAAGUCUUAAGAUAGUUUUUUCAGUGUAAAAAGUUUGUUAAUCAAAUUAUUCUUUGAUAUAUAUGCGAUAAUAUCAAAGGGUGCUGCCUUGUAGCUCACUGAUGUUCACAUGAGAAUAUGGAAAUACACACAAUGAUAGAGAAAUACAAAGCCAUUGUUGAUAGUUCGCCACAAUAGUUAGUAUUGUAGACAUUCCAGGUUGGGACAUCAAGGGCGAGGAAGUCACUGUGUACAUUUUUGAAAGCAGGAAAUGGUGAGUUCACUCUCAAACUAGUCUGGUGAUGUUAAACAUAAAAUGGGCAAAACUCAGAGCUACUUUUUCUUUAUUUAAAGAGGACUACAACUAAAUCAAAGAAUCACUAGGUUGCGUUUGGGAGUAAAUCAUAGAAAACUGAGAAAACACCUCAAUGUGACUGAUACAUAAUCCAGAAAUCAUAUUUUUGUGUUGGCCUAAUUAAUCAUCUCAAUAGUCUGGAAUACCAGAAAAAAAAAACUGUGUACUCUCUCCAUUCACAAAGUAUGGAGCUUCCAAAACUGAACUGGUGAAAAGGAUCCAUUUCAUUGUACCAGAAAGCACUACGACGUUUCAAAGCUCCAUGCUCUGUGGAACGAGUACACGCUUUCAUUCUUGCAUUCAACACUAAUGGGGUGUGAAUAAAAGAUGAAAAAAAUAAUUAUCUUUGGCCAAAGUGUUGUCCAACAAUAGAAACUGAAUAAUGCUGAUUUGUAAAAUGUUUCACAUCUAAUGUACCUGUAUCUGUACAUCAGCAGCAGUAAAUCAGACUAACCAAGGAAAUUAAAAAACACAAACUUUUGUUGUGUUCCUCCUUAAGUAAAGCCACAUUUUGUUAAACCCCAAAUUUUCACAGAUCUCAUUAAUUUUAUUAAAGCAACUAGUCAAGCAUCAUUAUUUUGACCAACUUUCUGAAGAAGUUUGAUUUCUUAUUAAAGCACUUUGUUGACCUGGGACUAUUAAAGGGUAUAUAGAUUUUUUUUUUUUUUUUUUUUGCUUUAAGCUGCUUUGUAGGUAUUCUUUUGUGUCUUUUUUUAGAUUUAUACUUUUUUUUUCUAUAUAAGCUAAUGUCUGAAGCUUUUGUGUGUACUGUGAAACAUAAAUUGAAUAUUUCAUGUUUCCUAUUGUUAAAUCAUGGCAUGGUUCUACAUAUUAAGAUUUAAUAGAAAAGUACUUAAUAGUUCCUACUUUCAUAGUUAGAUUUAUAAAAUUUCAAUCAAAUAAGUGCAAAUUUAAAAUGCAUUUUAGGCAUAACCAGCAGCUGUAAUAUCAGUAAGGCACAUGCUACAUGUUAAGGCUGUUAUUCAAUCAGUUAGUUUUGUUUUGUAGAGAUUUAUAUAGCCUAGUCAUUAGAGAAGCAUGUAUUGUAUUUGCUAAAAGCCUGAAAUGGUGAUUUUUUUUUUUUUUUUUUUUUUUGUAGGAAUCUAGCCUCUUGACCUUGUCUAGAACAUAUCGGCCUCUAACUCUAAAGUGCCUUGACUUAGUGGAAAAGGUUAUGUGUAGAAUUGUCAGAGCAAACACAAGUAGUUGACGCUUGUGCACAGGUUUCUGCAAAAAUGUGUCUUGUUUAACUUUGCAGAAAAGUUGACAUUCUGUAUGACUAUAUGUGUGUGUGUAUAUAUAAAUAUAUGCCAGUUGUAUUUGGCCCAGUCCCAUUAAGUAUUUCUGCAGAAGAUAAUUGAAAACAAACAUUGUCAGUGCCUGUGUCCUGACUUUCAACCUUAAGAAAUGACCCUUCCCUCUCCCCGUCAUUCCUUGGUCGUGGUGCUCUUUUGGUGCAGCUUCAGUCUUUGAAAUUAGGUUUUUCAAUUCAGCGUUUGGGAGUAUGAGAACAUAAAGACACACAUGAAUUUGUAUAGAAACAUAUAAAAAUGCUUUUUAAAGAGCUCAGUAACUUUUGUUUUGAUGUAAUAAUUCUGCAGUGAAUGAAGAAUUCUGUAGUUAACUUGUAAGUUGUAUUUUGCAUAGGAUCUGUGCUUAGGUUCCUCUAAUUGAAAUGACCUUCUACUGUGUUAAAGAAUCUUUUUAUUCUCGCUUUAAAUUCAAUAGAAAAUCAUGUAUCGCCAGGUACACUUUUUGCUACUUAUAAAUAUGGGAAAAUGCAUUGUUUACAUUCACAUAAAUGACAAUUAAGCAACUCAGAGGAAAAAUAUCAAGAAAUGUUAUGGUAUUUUCAUGAUAUAAGCGUUUUCAUGAUUAUAUUACGGCAUAAAAGGCAGGCUAAACACAUCUGGUAUUGCAUGUUAUGCGAUAUAUAUUAACCAGCUACAAAAAUAGAAAAAAAAAAAAAAGUUCGCACUGUGUCACACUGCCAGAAUAUUUGUAUUGACUUAUUUUUAGUGUAGUAAAGGCUUAAUAACUUCUGCAAGCUUUGCUGCUAUUGGAAAAGGUAUUAAUGUAGUUUCUUGUAAUACAUUUAGAUGUUUGAAUGUUGUUAUGCAUCCACAGCUCAGAUUUCAGAAACUAUGAAAUAAUCUGUCUUCUGCAUCUAACUUGACUAAACCUUAUUUGAUUUAAUUAUUCAUUUGUAAAUCCAUUUUGAGUCUAAUUUUCUGUACUUUUGUAAAUCCCUUAGAAUGAUGUCACAGACAUGUACUGCUGUAGAUUGUCCGUUUUUUAAUUGAUUUGAAGGUAAAUGUAUUUUUGUUGCUUUUUUUUUUUCCUCCAUACACUGAAUAGCAGUGUACGGUGCAGCUAAUUUCACAGGGUCCUUUGGUCUAGUUUGUUUUGCCUGUGAAGCCAACAAAAUUAAUGAUGUCUAGUGUGAAAUUCUAAAAAUGAACCAAAGUGGUGUUCUAGUAGCUGUCCAAAUAUGUAUUCUAAAGGGAAAACUUACCCUCGAACAGAAUUCAAAUAAUUGCUACGAUAUUGGACGGACCGGCCUGUAGUUGUGAACGUUGCUGGGUCUCGCCCAAAGCCAGAAAGUGCAUGUGAGAGCGCCAUGGUCAUCUAGAUGAAACUGAGACAAAGUCCAGCAUUGUGAGUGAUGGGAAUUCUGUUUUUGGAUGGAUUUUUGCUGUUAUAUUUCAUUCAGUAGGACAUUUAUCUUAAUGAGUAAAUGACAGGACUAUGCCAACGGCUUUUGCUUACAACAUUAAUGGACUUGAGCCCAUUUUUUGCAGUUUUACCAAAGACCUGUACUGUCAUUUCUUUUGUAUUACAUUUCAUCAUUCAUUUUAUUUCAGUAAGAAACCUAAAUUGAUUUUUUUUUUUUUAAUGAAUCACCUAGUACCUUAAUAGAUAAUGUUCAUUAAUAGUAAUUAUCGCUAUUUUUUUCCAUGUAAAGUUGGCUAUAGUGAGUUGAUACACAAAUGAUCAAAAAUGCAUGGGUUGGAUCCUAACAAAAUGUGUAUUGUACAUUUGAUUUCGUGUUAAGUAUACAUUGACGUUUAUGGCAGAUUUGUGCAAUACUGGCUAGCACAUGCUGACCUUAAGCGAGGAUUCAGUGUCAGUUUAAAUGUUGUCUACAGUGAAGGAAUGUCAAAGGUGAAUGACAUUUGUGUUUCUGAAGUGGCCAUACACAGCUGUAUGCUAAAGUUUGGCCACCCCUUGACAAAUAACAUGUUUUGGUGAUUUUUUUUCUUUAAUUGAAAAGAAGUAAACACUUCCUCUCUAGGAUAUGGAAUAUAAAACACAAUAUUUUCAGCAAAAUUAAUGCAUAGUUACUUUUUAUGUCAUAAACUGAACAAAAAUAAAAACAUCAUUGUGGCAUGUGCAAAAGUUUGGGCACCCUAAGAGCUCCGAAGUCUUAAGAUUCUUUUUACAAGCUCUCAGACCUUAAUCAGCUUGUUAGGCCUGAAUCAUGUCAACAAUUAACAUAAGAAAUGUCAGCUGUUGCCAAUUUCAAAGCUUUACAAAUACUGACUCUUAAAACCUUUUGCGAACACUCAGUAAUCAUGGAUUCCUCUAAGCAGCUGUGUAAGACACUGAAAAUUAGUUAGUUAUUGAUGUCCACAAUGCAGGGGAAGGCUACAAGAAGAUAGCAAAGUGUUGUCAGCUUGAUAAUUGUAAUUAAGAGAUUGCAGUUUAGUGGAACUGUGGAGAUCUGGAAGAUCAAGAAAACUCUUGGAGAGAACUGCUCGCAUGCUGAUCAGAAAGGCAAAUCAAGACUCAAUUUGACUGCAAAAAACUUGCGGGAAGAUUUUAGCAGACUCAGAAGUGGUGGUGCACCGUUCCACUGCGCAGCGAUGCUUGCACAAACAAGACCUUCAUGGAAAUCAGUAGAAGACAACCUUACCUGCGUCCUGUGUGAAACAAGUGCUGUGGACUGAUGAAGUUAAUAUAUAAUUCAUUGGCCACAAUCAGCAAAGGUAUGUUUAGAUAAAAGCAGCAUUUCAACAUGGCUUCUACAAAAGGAUAAUGAUCUUAAACAUACCUUUAAAUCCACCGUGGACUAUCUCAAGAGAUGCAAGCUGAAGGUUUUAGAACGACCUUCACAGUCCCAGACUUAAACAUAAUUGAAAAUUUGUGGGUAGAUCUUAAAAGAGUUGUGCAUGCAAGACAGCCCAAUAAUAUUUCAGAUUUGCAAAGAAGAGUGGAAGAAAAUACAAGAAUUGAAAGACAUUUAGCCAGCUACAAAAAGCGUUUGCAAGCUGUGAUAUCUGCCAGACGGGGGGUUUCUAAGUACUGAGUAUGUAGGGUACCCAAACUUCUGAAAAUGCCACAAUGAUGUUUUUAUUUUUGUUCAAUUUAUGACAUAGAAAGUAACUAUGCAUAUAUGUUUGCUGAAAAUAUUGUGUUUUAUGUUCCAUAUCCUAGAGAGGCUGUGUUUACAUAAUUUCAAUUUAAAAAAAAAAUCACCAAUAUAUGUUAUUUGUCAAGGGUUCCCAAACUUUCGCACACAACUGUUAACUUCACUACAGUAAUGUUUUGAAGUUAAUUUUGUUUUUUGACUUUGCUUAACUACAUAAUCGCAAUCACUUUGGAAAACAGAUGGUUAUGCAUUGUAUGCUGUUAUGAUAAGCCUACAGUGACUGUAAGGUGCUUUCUUUCUGACUUUUUCUUCAAGUCGUGGUCCAAAUUAGUUUUUUUUUUUUGUAAAGUAACAGGGGACAGAUGAUGAUUGUGACAAACAUCAAUGGCAGAUACAGACAUAAUUAAAGCUGAGUUGUUUAUGGCCCUCGAUCUCUAGUGGUCUACUUGCUUCAAUCACAAGUUUUUUAAUAAGAAAUGAAAUAAACAUUCACUUUGUAAGCAAAUUUGUUAAAUUUCUCUGUAACGGACCAAUUACGUUAACAUUUGUGCCUUUUAUGAUUACAUAAUUUUGAUUGGUAUCAAGAGAAUAUUUCUCGGAGACAGUGUCUGUUCUCAGUCAAAAUACAAAAUGUAACAUAUUUAAUUAGAAUUAAAAGCCCAGUGCCUUACAAUACUUCUGUGGACCACAAUGUAAUCGCUAAAUGAUCCUCUGUAUUCAGGCCACUUGAGCUGAAAGGAAAAUGGCCAAACAAAUAAGAUUUGCUUUACCAGUUCCACAGGAUGAAGCAAAGAUGAUAAUUUAAUGAUAACUGUCUAUCUCUGUCUGUAUUUGCCAUACAAUUCAAGAAAACGCAGCAAUACUUAUUACCAUUACUACCAUUGAAUACACAAUUUUGAUCUCAAUUAGUCAUUCGGCACCAAAAACUCAAUUGUUUGUAAGGAAAAGCACCAAAUAGGAAGAAUCUUGUAAAUGAACUGUAAUAGCUGUAUCAUUAUGCUCUGCAUUGGAAUCGUUUAAUCUAUUUUGCAUUAUUGUUAGUUGUUGUGUUGUCUUUGUUUUAAUAUUAUGAAAAUGGAGCCUGAAGAUUUAUGCAAUCUUGUACAUGUAUAUGAGUAUGAUGUAUGGAGCUGUUCAAAUUAAGUAAAAAUACUAGUACAACAAGUGUUGUCAAAAGUAAAUAAUCUGAAUGUGGAACCAGUUGUUCCAUAUACUGUAGAAAAUUUCAGUAGAAAUGUUAUUUUAACAUUGAAGCCCUGAAAUAUUGAAUGUAUUGUUCUAAAUUAGAUAUUCAAUGAAUAGGUCACUGGAAUAUUAUGGAGCGCAGUUAAUUCAUCAUGAUGUAGCAUCUAGUUGUGAACUGCUAUUCAAUAAAAUUUAUUAGAACUAAAACAAAUGCAAGUUUUCAAGUUUCUAUUUGUCAGUAUAACGAGGAAAAUAAGGAAAGAGAUGUAUUUUUCUCAGGGUAAUACAGCGAUUUAAUAGAAUGUGUUAAAUCUGAGGAAAUUGCAUUUCAUGGAUUUACUUAAUGUCAGUGGGUUUAGACCUUAUUUAUAGAUUUAAAAACGUCCCUUAUUUUGUGACAGGCUGUAUGAAUAUGUAGGAAAUUCUCUACUGAUAAUUGUAGGAAUUAUUCUUUUGGUAUAUUGAUAUUUUUUGUGUUGUGAACACAAAAAUAGGUGCAAGUCUUAGAAUACUAGGUUUUUCUUUUCUACGUUGAGGAUUGUGUACCGCAUAUCUUCUGUAGUGUAUUACUAGUUUGUUAACACUUGUUAAAUUGUUACACUACAGUUAUGCAAUGGUUUACAGAGUUCACAAAAUUAUUUUUUAUCAUCUUGAGAAUUAAAAUAAUUUUUCAUCUGAAA